CCCUGGGAUGGAGGAUCUUUUUUUUUUUUUUUUUUUGGUGGAGAUGAAGGGGUGGGUCUAUGGUACAUCACCUGAGUUGUGGGGUAAAUGUAGAGAGUGUCAAUCAAAGGCAGAGCUCAGAGCUGGGAAGGAGGCUCUAGAUGGCGGCUGUGCCUUAGAGAGAGCGCGCUCAGCUCCCUGCCUUCGCCUCACUUUACGCAACUUUCCCUAACUUUCGGGCAGCCUCAGGGGGCCCCCGCAGCCCCCUGCCUCUCCUAGUGACUUACUGGGGUCGAUUCGAACCUGUUUUAGGGAGAAAAGCAGCUUUUGGGAGCUUUCUUUUCGUGCCUUGUUGGAAAGAAGCAGCCGUACUGAGAGCCCAGGUCGUUGUUUUUUCCAGCUUAGAAGCCAUGGCGCACCUCCAUUUUUGUGCGCUCUCCUAAUGAGGUUUUUUUUCUUCCGGACCCGUUUCAGGAUUAAUUGUUGCUUUAUUUUUUUGAACAGUUAACAUAUUUGAGGAUUAUAUUAUUUAUUUUUUGCUUUUUAACGGAGAAUUUCGUUUUUAUUUUUAAUUAUUUGGGAUCUGAUAUUUUUCUACUACUAGAUAGGACUCUUGCUUUGGACCUACUACAUGGAUCAGUAAAUACCUGGGCACAGGACUUCAAAGCAAACACAGAUUCCCCCUCCCCCUUAAUAUUUAAGACUUAAAAGAUGAUGAGAAAUAAGGACAAAAGCCAAGAGGAGGACAGUUCGCUACACAGCAAUGCAUCGAGUCAUUCAGCAUCUGAAGAAGCUUCGGGUUCAGACUCAGGCAGCCAGUCGGAGAGUGAGCAGGGCAGCGAUCCAGGAAGUGGCCAUGGCAGUGAGUCAAAUAGUAGUUCUGAAUCUUCGGAGAGUCAGUCGGAGUCUGAGAGUGAAUCGGCAGGUUCCAAGUCCCAGCCAGUCCUUCCAGAAGCCAAAGAGAAACCAGCCUCUAAGAAGGAACGGAUAGCUGAUGUGAAGAAGAUGUGGGAAGAAUAUCCUGAUGUUUAUGGGGUUAGGCGGUCAAACCGAAGCAGACAAGAACCGUCACGAUUUAAUAUUAAGGAGGAGGCAAGUAGCGGGUCUGAGAGUGGGAGCCCAAAGAGAAGAGGCCAGAGGCAGCUGAAAAAACAAGAAAAAUGGAAACGGGAGCUCUCAGAAGAUGAACAGGAACAAGGCUCCAGUACAGAGAGCGAACCAGAGCAAACAGUGAAAGCCAGAAGACCUGUCCCCAGAAGAACAGUGCCCAAACCUCGUGUUAAAAAGCAACCUAAGACUCAGCGUGGAAAGAGGAAAAAGCAAGAUUCUUCUGAUGAUGAGGAUGAAGAUGAUGAAGCUCCCAAAAGGCAGACGCGCCGCAGAGCAGCUAAAAAUGUGAGUUAUAAAGAAGACGAUGACUUUGAGACUGACUCAGAUGACCUCAUUGAAAUGACUGGAGAAGGAGUUGAUGAACAGCAGGAUAAUAGUGAAACUAUUGAAAAGGUCUUAGAUUCAAGGCUGGGAAAGAAAGGAGCCACUGGAGCUUCUACCACUGUAUAUGCAGUCGAAGCUAAUGGAGACCCUAGUAGCGACUUUGACCCUGAAAAGGAGGAAGGCGAAGUCCAGUACCUCAUCAAGUGGAAGGGCUGGUCGUAUAUCCACAGCACAUGGGAGAGUGAGGAGUCUUUACAGCAACAGAAAGUGAAGGGUCUAAAAAAACUGGAGAACUUCAAGAAGAAAGAGGAUGAAAUCAAGCAAUGGUUAGGGAAGGUUUCUCCUGAAGAUGUGGAAUAUUUCAACUGCCAACAAGAGCUGGCCUCGGAGCUGAACAAACAGUAUCAGAUUGUAGAAAGAGUAAUAGCUGUGAAGACAAGCAAAUCUACACUGGGUCAGACGGACUUUCCAGCUCACAGCCGGAAGCCGGCCCCUUCCAACGAACCUGAGUAUCUAUGCAAGUGGAUGGGACUGCCCUAUUCAGAGUGCAGCUGGGAAGACGAAGCCCUGAUCGGAAAGAAAUUUCAGAGCUGCAUCGACAGCUUCCACAGUCGCAACAACUCAAAAACCAUCCCCACAAGAGAAUGCAAGGCCCUGAAGCAGAGACCACGAUUUGUGGCUUUAAAGAAACAGCCGGCGUAUUUAGGAGGAGAAAAUCUGGAGCUCCGAGAUUAUCAGCUGGAAGGUCUCAACUGGCUUGCUCACUCCUGGUGCAAAAGUAACAGUGUAAUCCUUGCUGAUGAAAUGGGCCUAGGAAAGACCAUCCAGACCAUAUCAUUCCUCUCCUACCUGUUCCACCAACACCAGCUGUAUGGCCCCUUUCUUAUAGUCGUCCCUUUAUCCACCCUCACCUCAUGGCAGAGGGAGUUUGAAAUCUGGGCACCAGAGAUUAACGUAGUGGUUUACAUAGGUGACCUGAUGAGCAGAAAUACGAUACGAGAAUAUGAAUGGAUUCACUCUCAGACGAAAAGGCUAAAGUUCAAUGCACUUAUAACAACAUAUGAGAUCCUCUUAAAAGAUAAGACUGUGCUGGGCAGUAUUAACUGGGCCUUUCUGGGAGUGGAUGAAGCCCAUCGGUUGAAGAAUGAUGACUCUUUAUUGUAUAAAACUCUGAUUGAUUUCAAGUCCAACCAUAGGCUCCUGAUUACGGGGACCCCUCUUCAGAAUUCCCUCAAAGAGCUCUGGUCCUUGCUGCACUUUAUUAUGCCGGAGAAGUUUGAAUUCUGGGAAGAUUUUGAAGAAGACCAUGGGAAAGGGAGAGAGAAUGGCUAUCAGAGUCUUCAUAAGGUGCUAGAGCCUUUCCUUCUCCGGAGAGUGAAGAAAGAUGUGGAGAAAUCUCUUCCUGCCAAAGUGGAACAGAUUCUCAGAGUGGAGAUGUCAGCUCUUCAGAAACAGUAUUACAAAUGGAUUCUGACCAGGAAUUACAAGGCUCUUGCCAAAGGAACAAGAGGCAGCACAUCUGGUUUCCUUAAUAUUGUGAUGGAGCUGAAGAAAUGCUGCAACCACUGUCACCUGAUUAAACCCCCUGAAGAAAAUGAAAGGGAGAACGGACAGGAAGUUCUUCUGUCCCUGAUCAGGAGCAGUGGGAAGCUGAUUCUAUUAGAUAAACUGUUGACAAGACUUCGAGAAAGAGGAAACAGAGUCCUUAUCUUCUCUCAGAUGGUGAGGAUGUUGGAUAUCCUGGCUGAGUACCUGACUAUUAAGCACUACCCUUUCCAGCGUCUGGAUGGUUCCAUCAAGGGAGAAAUCCGAAAGCAGGCGCUGGACCACUUCAACGCAGAUGGGUCUGAGGACUUCUGUUUCCUGCUCUCGACAAGGGCUGGUGGCCUGGGAAUCAAUUUGGCUUCAGCGGACACAGUUGUCAUCUUUGACUCUGACUGGAACCCCCAGAACGACUUGCAGGCACAAGCCCGAGCCCACAGAAUCGGUCAGAAGAAGCAGGUAAAUAUUUACCGCUUGGUUACAAAGGGGACCGUGGAGGAAGAGAUCAUAGAACGGGCCAAAAAGAAGAUGGUAUUGGACCACCUGGUGAUUCAGCGCAUGGAUACCACUGGCCGAACGGUUUUGGAAAACAAUUCUGGGAGGUCCAAUUCAAAUCCUUUUAAUAAAGAAGAGCUGACAGCGAUUUUGAAAUUUGGAGCAGAGGAUCUCUUCAAAGAGCUUGAAGGGGAAGAAUCAGAGCCUCAGGAAAUGGAUAUAGAUGAAAUUUUGCGCUUGGCUGAAACCAGAGAGAAUGAAGUCUCAACAAGUGCAACAGAUGAACUUCUGUCACAAUUUAAGGUUGCCAACUUUGCAACGAUGGAGGAUGAAGAAGAGCUUGACGAGCGUCCUCACAAGGACUGGGAUGAGAUCAUCCCAGAGGAGCAAAGGAAGAAAGUGGAGGAGGAAGAGCGGCAGAAGGAGCUGGAAGAGAUUUACAUGUUGCCUCGAAUUCGGAGUUCCACUAAAAAGGCUCAGACAAAUGACAGUGACUCUGAUACUGAGUCUAAGAGACAGGCCCAGAGGUCCUCUGCCUCUGAGAGUGAGACGGAUGACUCUGAUGAUGACAAGAAGCCCAAGCGCAGAGGGCGUCCCCGAAGUGUGCGGAAGGACCUGGUGGAGGGAUUCACGGAUGCUGAGAUCCGGAGGUUCAUCAAGGCGUAUAAGAAGUUUGGUCUCCCUCUUGAACGGCUGGAGUGCAUAGCACGCGAUGCUGAGCUGGUAGAUAAGUCUGUGGCGGAUCUGAAGCGCUUGGGGGAACUGAUUCACAACAGCUGUGUGUCAGCAAUGCAGGAAUAUGAAGAGCAGCUGAAAGAAAAUGCCAGCGAGGGGAAAGGACCAGGGAAAAAGAGAGGCCCAACUAUCAAGAUAUCUGGGGUUCAGGUUAAUGUGAAAUCUAUUAUCCAACAUGAAGAAGAGUUUGAGAUGCUGCAUAAAUCUAUCCCUGUAGACCCUGAAGAAAAAAAAAAGUAUUGCUUAUCCUGUCGUGUCAAAGCUGCACAUUUUGAUGUUGAGUGGGGAGUAGAGGACGACUCUCGUCUAUUGCUGGGAAUUUAUGAACAUGGCUAUGGAAACUGGGAGCUAAUUAAAACGGACCCAGAGCUUAAGUUAACUGACAAAAUUCUGCCCGUGGAGACAGAUAAAAAGCCCCAGGGGAAACAGCUGCAGACCCGAGCAGACUACUUGCUGAAGCUGCUCAGGAAGAGUCUGGAGAAGGAGGGCACCGUGACGGGCGGGGAAGAGGCCAAAUUAAAAAAGCGGAAGCCUCGAGUGAAAAAGGAAAACAAAGCACCGAGGCUGAAAGACGAGCAUGGAAUUGAGUUUUCAUCUCCUCGACACUCAGACAAUCCAUCAGAAGAGGGAGAAGUGAAGGACGAUGGCGUAGAAAAAAGUCCAACGAAAAAGAAACAGAAGAAGAAAGAGAACAAGGAGAACAAGGAGAAACAGAUGAGUUCUAGGAAAGACAAGGAAGGGGACAAGGAAAGGAAGAGGUCGAAAGACAAGAAAGAGAAGCCUAAAGGUGGUGACGCCAAGUCUUCAAGUAAAUCCAAGCGCUCUCAGGGCCCUGUCCAUAUCACAGCAGGAAGCGAACCCAUCCCCAUUGGAGAGGAUGAGGAGGAUGACCUGGACCAGGAGACGUUCAGCAUAUGCAAGGAGCGGAUGCGGCCCGUGAAGAAGGCGCUGAAGCAGCUGGACAAGCCGGACAAGGGGCUCAGCGUGCAGGAGCAGCUGGAGCACACGCGGAGCUGCCUGCUGAAGAUCGGGGACCGGAUAGCCGAGUGCCUGAAAGCCUACUCGGACCAGGAGCACACGAAGCUGUGGAGGAGGAACCUAUGGAUUUUUGUUUCCAAGUUUACAGAAUUUGAUGCUCGAAAAUUGCACAAGUUAUAUAAGAUGGCUCAUAAGAAAAGAUCUCAAGAAGAAGAGGAGCAGAAGAAGAAAGAGGAUGUGAUUGGUGGUAAGAAACCAUUUCGACCGGAGGCCUCAGGUUCCAGCCGUGACUCCCUGAUGUCUCAGUCCCACACCCCGCACAACCUUCACCCGCAGAAGCCUCACUUGCCUGCCUCUCAUGGCCCACAGAUGCACGGACACCCGAGAGACAACUACAGUCACCCCAACAAGAGACACUUCAGUAAUGCAGAUCGAGGCGACUGGCAGAGGGAGAGAAAGUUCACCUACGGCGGUGGCAAUAGCAAUCCGCCCUGGGGGAGCGACAGGCACCAUCAGUAUGAGCAGCACUGGUUCAAGGAGCACCAUUACGGGGACCGGCGGCACAUGGACGCCCACCGCUCAGGGAGCUACCGCCCCAGCAGCCUGUCGAGAAAGAGGCCUUACGACCAGUACUGCAGCGACCGAGACCACCGGGGGCACAGGGACUACUACGACCGGCACCAUCAUGACUCCAAGCGGAGGCGAUCUGAUGAAUUUAGGCCUCAAAAUUACCACCAGCAGGAUUUCCGACGAAUGUCUGAUCACCGGCCCCCUAUGGGCUACCACGGCCAGGGGCCCUCGGACCAUCACCGCUCUUUCCACACAGACAAACUGGGGGAGUAUAAACAGCCCCUACCCCCGCUGCACCCCACAGUCUCAGAUCCUCGCUCACCCCCUUCUCAGAAAUCUCCUCACGAUUCCAAGUCACCCCUGGAUCAUCGGUCUCCUUUGGAGAGAUCACUAGAACAGAAAAACAACCCAGAUUAUAACUGGAAUGUUAGGAAAACAUAAAGGACCGCUUGGAAAGCAGGGGAGCGCGAGCGUCAUGGAGCACCUGGAUGUCUUUGGUCUGAUCCACAGGAGCCGGUCCCCCAGACCCGAGAGGGCGUUUCUGGACGCGGGGCUGCCGUCAGCCUGCUGCUGAGGGGCGCUCAGAGUGUGGGGGCCUUCGGCUCAGUCCGGCUUUGAUCUGGGUCACCCCCUCCUGCACUUGGGCACCCAUCGCAUUCUGGCCUGGUCCUGGCCUCCCACUCGGAUGGGUGCCAGGAGGAAGCGGUGAUGGCUUUGUCUGCCAGGUUCACGGGCUGUUUCCCAGUGAAGGCAGGAGAGGUCUUAGAGUCAUGAAUGUUUUGUCACCCUGGACCUCAGUGCCGGGCCAGGGAAGGCACGAGUGCAUGAAGGUUGCUGGGACCCGCUGGACACACGGGGUCUGGUGCACUCUGAUGAGGUGGAUGCUGCUGAUGGGGUGAGCGGACACGUGGGUGGGAUCUCGCACCACAGGACUUGCAGGGGAACAGGUACCCCCUCAGACGUGUCCUCAGGAGAAGUGACACUUGAGCUUCACUGUGUGACAGCUGUGGUGUGGAGGGGCAGGGGGUGGGGAGCCACCUCCUUCACGGCCUCUUCUCCAGCAACACUAAAUUUCGCCACACUGUGUGUCUCAGAGGUGUGGUCUCCUGCGUGGGCCUCCUUUACCCCUACCCCAGUCCCACCCCUGUCCCCGGCCCCGACCAGGGAAGAUAGUAGUUCAGGCUGCAGUGGGCGGGGGCUGGUUUGCCUGGGAGGCCUUGAGUGCAGGGCAGGGUGGCUCGGGAAUCCACCAGAGAUGACUGGAGAGGACGGGGAGGGAGCAGGCUUGUGCCUGGCUGGGUGCUGGCGGCACUGGGGCAGGGCGCUGGGGAGAGGGGUGGAUGGGUUUCCCAGCCCGGGGGUGGGGGGGUUGGUGGUGUGGUCCGUGCGGUGGUGGGUCGCCAUCUGCAGCUCAUCUUGGAUCCCUUUGCACAACCUAAGGAAGGAGAAUUCAUGGAAUCACACGUCUGCCACUCGUGCGGUGGGCGGCCAGACACAAAUCAGUUACUCCCUGUGGUGGACAUGCUGCGCUGCUAGUUGGAGAUCAUUAGAACUGAGCUCAGCAUCGUUUAGAAUGAGGUCGAGCUGAGUCCAAGCCUAAGUUCAUUUUUCCCCCAAACUGGAAGCCUUCAAGGACAGGGUGACUGAGCUUAAGACAGGAAGAGCUGGACUGGAGGAGGGGCUGGGAGGCAGGCUAGCUGCAGCAACUAAGCAGCCUCAGCGCUCCUGCUUCUGGGGCCUUCCGUCCUGUUCACCUUAAAUGGAACUCGCCAGUAGAGUAUGCAGAGGCCUUUCUAGACAGAGACAAAAUAACUGACUUGAACGUGCAGUGAGCCUGUGAGUCUCCCGGCUCAGAGCUGGUGGAAACCCUUCCCUCGGUGUACACAGAGUCACACUCCCCACGCUAACUGCUCCUCCCCAGGGGACUCCAUGAGUCACCGUCACUCACUUGGCGGUUCCCGGGCAGCUCCACUCAUGCCUUUGCUGUGGGCAGCUCUGGGGGGCUCUCGCCCUCUGCUCCCCAGAGCAUCGUCGGCUCACCUGUGCUGAGGUCCUCGUGAGAGGCUGGGUCCGCACAGCUGGUGUGGGGAGCUCCGUGGGCUCAGCACCUCCUGGUCCAUUUCUCCUCCUGGUACUUGGGUUCGUCCAGCCUGGGUUGUAGAGCGCGCACCCGGAGCACAGCCUGGGGGACCACAGCAGAGCCCCAGCCACAGUCACCCCACCAGGGCCAUGCCUGAGUGCUCUGUGGGGAGAUAGGAAAGUGUGCCUCUGCUUGGGUUGGGUUCCCUCCCUGCAGUACUGACACUCCCCGGGCGGCUUGCAAGUCCCCAAGCCAUCAACGGGCCGUGGGGUCUGCAGAGCAGGCCCCAGCUCGGCUUCCCCUGUAGGAGGUCGGGUCGUGACCCUUUCAGUUAGAGGGGCCAGGGGAGGACUGGCGGGGCCUGCAUUUCAGACCUCAAGGUUUUUGGGUUUUUUUCCUCUGAAGUUGAUAGGAGGUGUGAGUUAUUCCCGAAGAUGUCUCAUCUUGAGGACACAGGGGCCGCCGUUAGUCCACAUUCAGGACCUCUAGUGCCAUACGCUGCAGCAGAAGGCAGUGUCAGCCAGACCAGUGUUAAGUGGAUUACAGAAAGCACAGUGUCCUCACAAAAGCAUCUUCUUUUAGGUGCCGGAGUGUGUUUGCAGAGUGGGUUGGGAGAAAGAAAGCAUUUCCUCAUUGUCGUCAGUAUGAAUACUGUAUGCUUCUGUCAAAACCAGAAAUUUGCACAGAUAGGAAUUCUGUCUCUCGUGGAUGGGAGAAGCCGCCCACGAGUCUCUGAGGAUGGUUUUCCAUGGAGACUGGCUCUGAAGGAUGUAGUUACUAAGUAGAAAGGGCAAGGGGGCCGAGGAAGAGGAGAGUUAGCACCACCGAGAACCUGACCAGGAGCACAGAUUCACGUGUGUGCCCUCGUCCCCGCCGAGGUCACGGUAACCCCAGACUGGCCCCCCAUCAGCUGCUGCCCCGGGCUCCCCCCUUUUCAGCCAUUCCUUCCUCACACCCUCCGAUGGGAACCCAGGACGCCUCUCCCGUCGUGCUGCAGACACUCUGACCUGAUAGCUGAGGGCCGCAUCAGGGCGCACGGUGCAAAUGCAGCCCCGUUAGGGAUUCACACAGCGACACAGAAAUCCUACAGACCAAAACCCACUCCUCAGCGGGAGCGGUGGGCCCCCGGCUCGUCUAGGGGCGGCCGUGUUGGCGAGGAGAGCCAGGCCAGGGGUCCAGGCUGCUUUAGUCCAUCUGCGCCCCACUUGGUUGGGGACGGGUGAUUUUUCUUUAUUGUAAAAUUGUGGACUUUUAAAACCUGUUGACUAAACAGUAAUUAAUUUAUAUUUGUGAAAAAUGCCACUGUCCUAGUGAUUUCUGAUGUAAAUAAUGUUGUUUAUAUAGUAUGUAUUAAAUUUUCCUACAUUGUAAAACUGCUGUACUUUUGACUCUUAUAUAUUAAAAAGUGUUACUGAG